AUGGUCGAUGCAAACCAGCAGCUGGAUGAUGCUCAUACAGAGGAUAGGAGCAGCGGCCACGCAGAUGCUGGAAAUUCGAUGGCGGCGGUUCCAUUGAACGAUCGGAGCAACAUGGCCAAUGGAAGGAUUUAUUCCUGGAAGCGAUUUGUACCAGAGGUAGACGAUAUUCUUGAGCUGCGAAAGCAAAACGAGGAUGAGAAGAGCGCAUGGUGUCAUGCCAAAGUGCAGGAGGUGAAGAGGGACGAGGAGUCCAAGCGGGUCGAAUGCCUGCUCAAGUACUUGAAAGAUUGCUUCAUUGAAGACAAUCAAGUGGCAAAGGCCGGUGAUGAAGAAUGGGUGGAAAUCAGCGACAAAGUAUGCGACGCGAGCACCGACUUUGAAAACCCCAAGAGAACGAUUUGGCCGAAGAAUGGUCGAUAUUUCGUCAAACAUGAGAACGAAUCUCUCUUCUCAAUUGGUAGACUGUGUGAUCUCAACUGUGGUCGAGAGCUCACGAUCUGUAAACCAGGGAGGAAGUAUGGGAUUGCUUGGGAAGCUCUCGCUGCCUACAACGAGAAUUUUCAUCCGACUCUGUCAAAACAUUCAAGGAUAAAGAGUGGGAGCGUGAUUUAUCUGCCUAAGGACAAAGAGCAUGAAGGGCAAGCCAAUGACGAGAAUGCUGGAGUGGGUACCAGUCGGUCAGCAAGGAAGAGACGUGUAGACAGGAAUCUUUCGGACUUCUCACCUGCCAAAACUGAAAAGUCUCUCACGGAAUCGUUUGAGGAAUCCUUCGGUUCGCCGCAAGAAGACCGUGAUCUCACAUCUGGCAGGCCUGCCAAGACUAGGAGGUCGUUGGUUUCGAGGAGCAGGAGUAUUGAGAGAAAAUAUCACGAAUGCUUGUUGCUGCGCGACAAGCCAGAAAAUUGCGUUUCAUCGUAUUGCGUCAACUUUAGACAAACUGCGAGGAGAGGAUUGCUGGAAGAGAUUUUGCCGACGGACCAUGAUGUCGAUCUGUACCACAACAUGGAGAAGAAGACGACGGAAAAGGCGUCGAAAGAUGCCGAUGCGCUCCUUCAAUACUCAGCCAAUGGACUCAGCAAGAUCUCGAGAGGAACUUUGAAUCACAUGUCUCCGGAGUCAAGCAUCCUCUACAAGAUGGUGAAGAACAAACGGUCGUUGGACCAGAGGAUCUACUGGCGGGAUUAUCGUGAGAAGGAGACCACCGGCGAAGAGGGUGCUUCGCCCGUUUCACACCAGGAGCCGCGGGCUGUAGAGGAGGCAGACUCAGGGUCUUACAGGUCUGCCUUGAGAAUCUUUGGUGGUCGGCUGGAGCUCAAUGCCCCGAUGCUCUGCAGGGAGAUCGAGGAGUCCAACGCGAGCACCUCUGGAUGGAGUUCAUUCGUCCCUUCCCAUCCCAACUUUGCCAACACCUUCUCCAUGAUCGAUUGUAGCAAGAGGCUGCUGACUGAUGCGCUCAAGGCUUGCGGGAGGCCGCGCACUGAGGUGGAGCGGCAAGUGCAGCUGAACUUGGCAACAGACUAUCUUGAGGUUAUCUUCGGGAUGCAGGGGCAGGCCUUCCGGUCGGUGCUGGAGACGAUCUCCAAGAGCAUGUCGGAGGUUGACAACAAGAUUCAGAACCUGCGCGAGCUGCAUGCGCAGCGCACUGGGAGCAAGGAAGAGUUCAACAACAGCGCAUUCCUGCCCUUUCAUUCCAUGCAGUCGACUGCACCCAAGAGUUCUGACCGGAGAGACAUCAAGAACAACGAGAUGCUGAGCGAGUUCGAGGCCGCGUAUGGGUGCGAGCGGCCAGCAGCUGAAGCGAGCAGGAGGAAGCUCACGGCUGGGAGCUCGCAGGCGCAGGAAAGGAGGAGGUUAGAGACACCGAUUGAGAUGACGAGGAAGAAGAAGACGAUACAGGGGGUGGCAUACAAGGACACGUCGAAUGGAGGAAAGAGCGAGAAGAGCGUAAGGCAGGGUCAGCAAGAACUUCACGUCGACAAGGAGCGGGGAGUCCAAGAGCCCGCAAAGAGUCUGAAUGUUGAGGUGACUCCGCCCAACGAGCCACAUCCCGCAGCAGCUCCCAAGCCACCCAUGACUGAAGACAAGACCCUUGACUCCUUCCAGGAAUUCUUUGGAGGAGAUCCCGACGACACAGAGGAGGAGGAGGAAGACGACGAGGAAGAGGAAGGGGAAAAGGAUCGAUUGCCUUCUCGAGGGGGAGAGGAUACGCGCGCAAGCAGAGGCAGCAACGUGGUGAGCGACAUGAAGGAGAGGGGGUCAUGCUCAUCGUUGGGGCAGGUGGGUCAGUCGGGUGGGUCAACACCAACAAGGGUGAAGAAGAUGGCAUUUGUUGUCAAGUGA